AUGGAUAUCUAUAGCAUGCAAAAGCCCGAGACCGCUACUACUCGUCGUGGCCGAGCCCCUCAGCUCAAAGCCUUGCCGAGCGAGGUCGUCUCGAAGCGAGCCGCUCCCCUCCUAUUCGACAGUGAGUCGAGCGGCCUCAGUCUGCUAAACCUCCCUUCUAGCGACACGGAUGAAAAGGAAAGCGAAGAAGAAAGUGAUGGCAUUCUCCUCGCCGGCCUCCCCCGUCACACCGGCAACAUCAAGCCCGGCCAGCCCCUCUUCAGCAACGAGUUUUUCGAAAUCCGCAAGUCCCCGCUCGGCGGCAUGGGCGCCUUUGCCGUACAAGACCUGGGCCCUGGCGACAUGAUCCUCAUGGAACGCGCCGUUGUCCGGUCCACCGACGUGGACAGGGACCUCAUCCGACACUUCACAAAUCUGAGCGCUUCGGACAAGGGACUCGUUCUCGACCUCGCCAUGCACAAACCCAGCCGCAUAGCGCACGACGACUCGCUCCACACCCGACUCAAGGCCAUCUUCACGACCAACUAG